AUGGGUGCGCCUUUAGCUCCAAUAAUAGCCGACGUAUUCAUGACCAAUCUUGAAACAACAUUGAUGGAUGACUUAAUCAAUGCAGGUGUUUCUGAAUGGCAUCAAUAUGUUGACGACACCUUUUUACUUGUUAAUUCAAUUACUUGCAUCGAUAACAUAUUAUCCAUUCUGAAUAACUUUCAUCCGUCCAUCACAUUUACUUACAAGGUUGAAGAUGGUGAUAAAUUGGAAUUCCUUGAUGUUUUUAUUACUCGAUCAACUGAAUGUCAAUCGCUUGGAACAACAAUUUAUCAUAAACCAGCGUAUACCGACUUGUUGAGAGGGAUGUCAUAA